AUGGGUCUAAAAGCCUCAAAGCCUGACCCCAAUGUGAGGCUCCAGGUGAUAGGCUGCGGCAUGUCCCGCACCGGAACAGCAUCUUUCAGCCAGGCGAUGGAGAUACUUCUCGGUGGACCGGUAUACCAUGGAGGAAGUCAGCUGGUGGGCGCAGGAGAAGACCACAUACGUGCCUGGAUUCGUCUGAGCAAGCACACACCCAUCGAAAGCGAGUUGGACAGAAAUACAGUUCUCCAAGAACUCAAGGCCCUCUUGUCAGGUUACACCGCAGUCACAGAUAUGCCGCCGAUCCUCUUCACCCAGGAACUGGUCGAGUUGUUUCCGGAGGCCAAGGUCAUCUGCACGACACGGGAUCCGGAGGGCUGGUGGAAGAGCAUGGAACCCAUUGCGGCAAAGACAGAUACUGAGGCAGAAAGGAAUGAGAGAGUCCUGGCGUUCCUGCUCGCGCUGUUGCCGACCAUGAGGUAUUGGAAGGCGUUUUCGGACGCGCUGAGACACGGCCGGUUUGGAGAGCUGUUUUAUCGGUCGGGACACAAUCACCCACACCCAGGACAGUACCAGGAGCAUAUGGAAUAUGUGAAAAGGGUUGUCCCACCCGAGCGUCUGUGGUUUUACGACAUCAAGGAGGGCUGGGGACCCUUGUGUAAAAUCCUCGACUGCGACGUGCCAAACACGCCAUUUCCACGUGUCAACGACGCCGAAGCAACGGAUAGAAUCAUCAAGACACAGAUCCAGCGAGGUAUGCUGGCGUGGACUGGUGUAGGUGCGACUGUUGCAGUGGUGGGCUUCAGCUUCUGGCGAAAAUGGACGGCGCGAUAG